CACAGCUGUGCAUUAUUCUCAAGAAUUAGGCGGGAAACUCACGCUACAGUAGUACAGUAAACAGAUAAACGGCUCGAGUUCCGCUUUAGUCGAUACAGAAGAUUUCCGUAUAAAAGGGAGACAUGGCCACUAAAACGCGUGAUUACGAUCAAGAAAGGGAGGCUAUCAAGCAGUUUUUGGCUGAAUUUCACACUGUUCGUGAAGAUGGUCAUAAACAUUUCAAGUAUGCCACCCAGCUUAUUGCAAUUGCUCAUAGAGAGCAAAUUGGUUUGACCAUUGACAUCGAUGAUGUUGCUGAAUUUGAUUCGGACAUGGCUGAGGCACUGGUUCAAAACAACAGGCGUUAUAGUGCCCUCUUCUCAGAAGUUGUUUAUGAAAUGUUGCCUGAUUAUAAACAGAGAGAAACUGUGGCAAGGGAUGCACUGGAUGUCUACAUUGAACAUCGUCUUAUGAUGGAACAAAGAAUUAGGCAGCCAGGGGAAGUAAGGGAUAUCCGCAAUCGCUAUCCUCCAGAAUUGAUGAGGAGAUUUGAGAUAUACUUCAAGGCCCCAUCAGCUCAGAAACCCUUGGCUAUCCGCAAUGUAAAGGCAUCCCACAUCGGCCAUUUGGUGGUUGUUCGUGGCAUUGUGACCAGAUGCACAGAAGUGAAGCCCAUGAUGCAAGUUGCUACAUACACAUGUGAUCAAUGUGGUGCUGAAACUUAUCAGCCUAUCCAGUCUUCAAACUUUAUGCCGCAACUUCUGUGUCCAAGUGAAGACUGCCGAGUGAAUAAAUCUGGUGGACGUUUAUUUUUACAGACAAGAGGCUCUAAAUUCAUUAAAUUUCAAGAACUGAAAGUACAAGAACAUUCUGAUCAGGUACCUGUUGGAAAUAUUCCCCGUUCCUUAACUGUCAUGUGCCGUGGAGAACAGACUCGUCUUUGUCAACCUGGAGAUCAUGUUGCAGUUACAGGAGUAUUCAUGCCAUUGUUACGUCAUGGUUUCAAAGCAAUGGUUCAGGGGCUUCUUUCAGACACUUUUCUCGAGGCACAUAAUAUUGUUAAAAUGAAUAAAACUGAAGAUGAUGAACUUGGAUCAGAAGAGCUUACAGAUGAUGAGAUAAAACAGAUUGCUGAGGAAAACUUUUAUGAUAAAUUGGCUACAUCAAUUGCUCCUGAGAUAUAUGGCCAUGAAGACAUUAAGAAAGCUUUGCUAUUGCUGCUUGUUGGUGGUGUUGACUGCAAUCCAAAUGGCAUGAAGAUUCGUGGCAGCAUUAAUAUUUGUCUCAUGGGUGAUCCAGGUGUUGCAAAAUCACAGUUGUUGUCAUACAUUGAUCGAUUAGCCCCUAGAAGUCAGUACACUACAGGUCGUGGUUCAAGUGGAGUAGGUUUGACAGCAGCAGUCAUGAAGGAUCCCUUGACUGGAGAGAUGACUUUAGAAGGAGGUGCACUAGUGUUAGCUGAUCAGGGAAUAUGCUGCAUUGAUGAAUUUGAUAAAAUGGCAGACGCAGAUCGAACUGCAAUUCAUGAAGUAAUGGAGCAACAGACAAUCUCAAUAGCUAAGGCAGGUAUCAUGACGAGUUUGAAUGCUCGUGUGAGUAUUCUUGCAGCCGCUAAUCCUGCAUAUGGACGCUACAAUCCAAAGAAAUCUGUUGAGCAGAAUAUUCAAUUACCAGCUGCCCUUUUAUCAAGAUUUGAUCUCCUUUGGUUAAUUCAGGAUCGUCCAGACAGGGAAAAUGAUCUGAGGUUGGCCCAGCACAUCACUUAUGUUCACCAACAUUGUGCACAGCCUCCAACCCAGUUCAAACCUUUAGAUAUGAAACUAAUGAGGCGGUAUGUGGCUCUCUGUAAGAAAAAGAAUCCAACCAUCCCUGAGAAUCUCACUGACUACAUUGUCUCUGCAUAUGUUGAAUUGCGAAAGGAAGCUCGCAAUAACAAAGAUAUGACUUUUACUUCUGCACGAACGUUACUUGCAGUUCUGCGUCUCUCCACAGCACUUGCUCGACUUAGGCUUGUAGAUAUGGUAGAAAAAGAAGAUGUAAUUGAAGCCAUGCGUUUGAUGGAGAUGAGCAAAGAUUCCUUGAAUCACAGUGAUGAGAGAAUAGGGAGAGCCCAGACUGUUACAGACAAGAUCUUUUCUCUCAUUCGUGAGCUUGCCGGAGACCGUAAAGUUGUAAAACUUGCUGAAGUUGUUGAGCGAUGUACUAGUAAAGGAUACAAACCAGACCAGGUUAAUGAAUGUUUGGAAGAGUAUGAAGAAUUGAAUGUUUGGCAAGUGAACCAAGCACGCACGAAAUUAUGUUUUACUUAAUGCAGUGUUAUUCUCAGUGACUUUAUUGAAAAUAAAUUCAUUAAGUAUUGUGGCCGCAGUGAUUAGAUAAGAUUUAUUAAGGACCUGUGGUAUAGAUAAUAGCAUGAAGUUUUCCAUUAUGUAUUAAUGUUACAGAUAAAUGUAUAUUUUGUUGUUUUGAUAAAGAAUUUCUAACCAUAUUUUACUUUUGAUAAAAAGGCAGGGCAUGAUAAUGGGAAUCUUUACAAGAAUUCCAUAAUCCACAUUAGGGUUCAGAACCAAAACUCAUAAAUUGUACUGUUGCAUCGUUAAAAAUGUAUACAUACUCCAUCCUGGUAUAUUGAAUCAAUAAAAAAUAAAAUCUCCCAAA